UGAGGCGAAGUUGCCGGCUGAUUAUGGACGAUCUAUUUAGGAGAACUUGUGGGGCCAGGUUCUUCAGCUGGCAGGUCGAGGCUGUGUCUCACAUUAAACUCUCUGCGCCCCAAAGUGGCUCGUAUUACUCACUAGCCAGUCUAGAAUGAGACAUCUGGACAAACUGGCUGGUCAAGGUUUUGUUCACCCGCUGGGCACGUGGGCACUCAUAAAGCCGACGGUCUCGUCUCGAGAUAUAGCAGAUUGUGACACCGCGGCAAGUACUGAUUUCACCAAACCCAUAAACUGCAUAUUGCCAAUCCCAGCGAUGCUUCCACUCUCAUCAAUCAACACACUGCUGCUACUAAUCGCCAGCAUCACGCAUAGCGCAAUCGCUACUGAUGCCGCCAGUGUCGCUCCUUGGCGGCCUACGCCCGGAACACCCUGGCAAAUCAUCCUGGGCGGCAAGAUCAAUCCCUCCUCGCCCUUUAUCAAGCAAGUUUCCGUCGUUGAUGGAGACCUGUUCACCAACACCAACAACGGCGCGGACCCAAAGACAAUCUUUGGCGCGCUGCACGCCCAGGGAAAGAAGAUCAUCUGCUACUUCAGCGCGGGCACAUAUGAGCCGUACCGGCCGGACUCGGGGCAGUAUGACAAGCGCGACCUGGGCGCCACGCUGCCCGAGUGGCCAGACGAGCGAUGGGUCGAUAUCCGCAGCGAGCGGGUGCGGGCAAUCAUCCGCGCGAGAAUCGAGCUAGCCGCGAAGAUGGGCUGUGACGGGAUCGAUCCGGAUAAUAUGGAUGGCUAUGCCAACCAGAACGGCGGCGGCUUCAACCCACCCCUAAGAAAGCAGGACUCAAUCGACCUGGUCCGCAUGAUGGCGUCCCACGCCUCGUCGCUCGGCAUGGCCACGGGGCUCAAGAACGCGCUGGCCAUCAUCGCCGAUGUCGUGGACGUGGUGCACUUUGCCGUCAACGAGGAGUGCGCGAGCUACAACGAGUGCACCGCCAUGAAGCCCUUCAUUGCCAAGGGGAAAGCCGUGUUCCACGUUGAGUACCCUCCCGCGGCGGGCUCGGAUGCAGGCGUGGCCACGGCGGCGAAGAGGAAGAAGUACUGCCAGCCGAAAGGGGGCGAGGGGUUUUCGACGCUCAUCAAGACGUAUGACCUGGACAAGUGGACGCAGACCUGUGAUGGUAGGGUCUACAAGAGCUGAGGGGGUUUUGUUGAUGAGGUUGCAGCUAGGAUGGCCAGGAGGCCCGUCGUGAACCGCGACUCGUGCAGUCGGUGGGGGUUUUUGGUUGGCGAACUUUAAUCUGGUGGCAGUGUUGUGAAUGCAUGAAGUCUGUGGUUAAUGCUGCCAACUGUCCAGGAGGACCUUGUAACAGAGUUCCCUAGGAAUUGUGGAUGCCCUGCCAGCCCAUGAUCCGCUGGAGGAUGGCGAGAUCAGCGCCGGCUAGCCGGCUUACUCCUGGCACCCAGCAGGGCGCAGCACCAAAUAUAGCAGCGUGCUGUCCUCGUCCCCCCACUUGACGUCAGCAGGU